UCUGGCGGGUAUCUGAUGCCCGCAGGAGGUGAAGCUGGCACAGCGGCCCGCAGCGGAUACUCCAUUUCCGCAGGUCGGGUCGGGCCGGACCGGGGYGGGUGGGUAGGACUCGGGGGCUGCUGGAUGCGGAUUCCGCGCCGUGCUGUGCCGUUAUCUCCGCCACCGCGAGAAGCGCCCGGGACCGAGGAGAGCCGGUCGGACCCCAGCCGGCGGCUCUGACCCUGCCUCGCUGCCGUCGUCAGGGAAAAAGCCCUGCGYUCCCGCAGGCAGGACCAUGCCCCGCCAGCUGCUCUCAGUGCUGCUGGGAGCCGCCCUCCUGCUCGCAGGAUCUAGUUCAGGAUCAAAACUAAAAGUCCCUGAGCUGAGUAUAAAUGGCAUACAGCAUGUUGUUCAAGCCGGCCAGACUUUAAAUCUCACCUGCAGGGGGGAAGUGGUUCAUUCAUGGUCUUUGCCUGAAACUCUUAGCAAGGAUAGCAAAAGGCUGAAAGUAAUUAAAUAUGCCUGUGGAAGGAAUGGGAAGCAAUCCUGCAGUACUCUGACCUUGAGCAGAACUCAAGCAAGUGACACUGGAAAUUAUAGCUGCAAAUACCCAACAAGUCCCGCAAAAAAGAAGAAGGAAACUACAGUCUAUGUAUUCAUUAACGAUACAAGCAAUCCAUUUGUAGAGAUGCACAGUGAUAUACCUAAAAUAAUAAACAUGGCUGUAGGAAGAGAAAUGAUCAUUCCAUGCAGAGUCACAGCACCAAACAUUGCUGUUACUUUAAAAAAGAUUCCACGAGAAACCCUAAUUCCUGAUGGCAAGACAAUAAUCUGGGACAGCAUGAAAGGCUUCAGAAUACCUAAGGCAACCUACAAAUUCAUCGGACUCCUGAGCUGCGAGACGACCAUCGAUGGGCACACGUACAGCACCAAAUACCUAACACAUAGAGAAACCAACACAAUUUUUGACGUUCAGUUGAGCACCCCACGUCUUGUCAAACUGCUGAAGGGGGACAGCCUAGCAAUUAACUGCACUGUCACUGCAGCCUGGAACACCAGAGUGCAGAUGACAUGGACGUACCCUGGAGAGACAAGGAAAAGGGGUUCUGUGAUGCAACGCAUUGACCAGAAGAAUGCAGAGGCCAACGUUUUUUACAGCAUCCUYGUGGUCGACAGAGUGCGAGACAUUGACAAAGGCCAGUACACCUGCCACGUGAAGAGCGGGCCAUCGAUCAAGGCCGUGAACACAACAGUCAUUGUUUAUGAUAAAAUGUUCAUUAAUUUGAAACAUCGAAGAAAAACUGCGCUGGAGGCUGUAGCUGGAAGAAAAUCSUAUCGUUUAUCAAUGAAAGUGAAGGCAUUUCCCUCUCCAGAGGUUAUAUGGUUAAAAGAUGGGCUACCUGCUGCUGAAAAAUGUGCCCGGUACAUCAUCAAAGACUAUUCCUUAGUCAUCAAGGACGUUGCUGAGGAGGAUGCUGGAAACUACACCAUAAUAUUGAGAAUUCCACAGUGGAACUUGUCAAAGAAUCUUACAGUCACUCUUACGGUAAAUGUGAAACCCCAGAUAUACGAAAAGGCUGUAUCAUCGUUCCCAGAUCCCAAUCUGCAUCCAUUAGGCAGCAAACAAGUGCUGACAUGUACUGUAUAUGGUAUUCCUCCACCUAAAAUUACAUGGUUGUGGUAUCCCUGUAAACAAAACCAUUCAAAAACAAGGAAUGGRUUUUGCUUUUAUACUGAGGGAUCUCACAUCCUGAAAGCUGGCAGCAACACAGGAAACAGGAUCCAGAGCAUCACUGAAAGAACAGCUGUAAUAGAAGGCAAAAAUAAGACUGCUAGCAGUCUCGUUGUAGCUGAAGCCAAAUCCUCAGGAAUCUACAGCUGUGUGGCAUCCAAUAAAGCGGGAAAAUCUGAAAGAAAUGUCAGCUUCAUUGUAACAGAURUACCAAGUGGAUUCCAUAUUGGUUUGGAAAAAAUGCCCAUUGAAGGAGAGAAUUUGGUACUGUCCUGUUCGGCCAACAAAUUCCUGUACAAAGACAUUGCUUGGAUUUUACCAAGGACAGUCAACAAUCAAACAAAAGCAAAAAAGUCUCACAACAGGGAGUACUCCAUCACCCUCACUCUGACCAUCAAAAACGUUUCCCUGGAACACUCAGGCACCUAUGCCUGCCAAGCAAGGAACAUAUACACGGGGAAAGAAGUGCUUCAAAAGAAAGACGUUACAAUCAGAGCGCAAGAGGCACCAGCYCUGCUGCAGCAGCUUUCGGAUCAGACAGUGAACACCAGUAACUCUGCCAUGUUGGAGUGCCAGGUUCGUGGUAUCCCUGAGCCCCAGAUAUCCUGGUUUAAAAACCAUGAGGAAAUACAGCAAGAACCAGGAAUAAUUUUAGGGCCAGGAAGCCGAAUGCUGUUUAUUGAAAGAGUGAAAGAGGAGGAUGAAGGAUUUUACCAGUGCAUAGCCACCAACCUGAAAGGGUCCGUGGAGAGYGCGGCGUAUGUCACGGUACAAGGCGUACCGGAGAGGUCAAACCUGGAGCUGAUAACUCUGACCUGUACCUGUGUGGCUGCAAUGCUGUUCUGGCUCCUGCUGACCCUCUUUAUUCGCAGGCUGAAGAGGCCUUAYUCCUGUGAAACAAAGACCAGCCAUUACCUGUCAAUCAUAAUGGAUCCUGAAGAAGUCCCCUUAGAUGAGCAGUGUGAACGUCUGCCUUACGAUGCCAGCAAGUGGGAAAUUGCAAGAGAAAGGCUUAAACUGGGAAAGUCUCUUGGACAGGGAGCUUUUGGAAAGGUCGUACAAGCAUCUGCCUUUGGAAUCAGGAAAUCACCAACAUGCAGAAUAGUUGCUGUGAAAAUGCUGAAAGAAGGGGCCACAGCAAGUGAGUACAAAGCAUUGAUGACUGAGCUGAAAAUCCUAAUUCACAUUGGUCAUCAUCUCAACAUCGUGAAUUUGUUGGGAGCUUGCACAAAAAACGGAGGGCCUCUGAUGGUGAUUGUCGAAUACUGCAAGUACGGGAAUCUAUCAAACUAUCUGAAGAGCAAGAGGAAUUUUUUCUGCCCUAACAAGGACUCCUCUCUGCAGGGAGAGGCAAUGAAAGAGAAAAAGGAUAUUGAGCCAGUGGAAAGCAAAAAACAAAGGCUGGCCAGUGUCACCAGCAGCGAGAGCUUUGCGAGCUCUGGGUUCCAGGAAGAUAAAAGUCUGAGUAAUGUGGAGGAGGACGAGGAGGAUGCUGAUGACCUGUACAAGCUGCCCCUCACUAUGGAGGACCUGAUCUCUUACAGCUUCCAGGUGGCCAGAGGCAUGGAGUUCCUCUCCUCCCAAAAGUGCAUUCAUCGUGACCUGGCAGCCAGAAACAUCCUCUUAUCUGAGAACAAUAUCGUGAAGAUCUGUGAUUUUGGCCUUGCAAGAGAUAUUUAUAAGAAUCCUGAUUAUGUGAGAAAAGGAGAUGCUCGACUUCCUCUCAAGUGGAUGGCUCCUGAAUCCAUAUUUGAUAAAAUCUACAAUACAAAAAGCGACGUGUGGUCCUACGGGGUCUUGCUGUGGGAGAUCUUUUCCUUGGGUGCCUCUCCUUACCCCGGAGUCCAAAUCGAUGAGGAUUUCUGCAGCAGGCUGAAGGAAGGCACAAGAAUGCGAGCCCCAGAGCAAGCGACUGAGGAAAUUUACCAAAUUAUGCUGGACUGCUGGCAGAGCAAUCCCAAUGAGCGGCCGCGGUUCUCCGAGCUGGUGAAAAAGUUGGGCGACCUGCUGCAAGCAAAUGUCCAGCAGGAAGGCAAAGACUACAUACCCCUCAGCACAGUGUUUACAACAGAARGUGGGUUUCCCCCUGCAUCUGAACCUUCAUGCAAUGAAAAUUUUCCUGUUACAAGCUCAAGUUGUGGAAGCAUUGAAAGCAUCAGAUACAUAAACACUUUCAAAAUAAACCCAUCCCAGCGCAUAAAGACAUUUGAAGAGCUUCCCGUCAAAGAAACGCUUGUACUUAAUGAUUAUCAAGCAGACAGUGGGAUGGUGCUGGCUCCAGAGGAACUGAAACGCUUCACAUGGACAGGCAGCAAGCAGAAACGGACACUCUUUGGUGUUAAAGGCACCAGCAGGAGCAAGGAGUCAGUGCUUUCUGGAUUAACCAAGCCAAGAAGCYGCUGCAGUUUCAGCUGUGACCAGCUCAGUGACUCCAAGCAAAGAUACACCUGUGGUUAUGCAAUGCUGGAGAAAAUGAAARCCAGCCAUUAUCCUCUGCCUGACAACUCUGUCAUCCAUUAUUCUCAGCCACCAGUUUAAGCACUUCUUGGCCAAGAUCUAAAAAUGCAUUUAAUGCACAUUCUUAUGAAACAGUCAGUUUAACAACUUAGACCCAAAUUAUUUUAAUUAUCGUAAAACUUUAAAAGUUAUCAUUGGCUUAAUUACAGUGAUCUGCUUUUCUACAGACUGCAGCACACACAUUCAAAACACAGCAAAAUAUUAUUGCUUAAAACUAAACCUCAACUUUCCCAAAUGCUCAACACCAAUAGCUUCCACUAAAAAUGCCAAGUGCUUCCGCAUCCAGGAAAAUCUGGAUGGUCAUUAUUACAGCCUCUGCUCAGAUUGGGUGCAGCACUGCUGUCCUGAUCAGGAGACGGAGAUGCGAACCACACAGAGCCAGGAGUCUGCACCAGGUACUGAGGUAUUUGCAUCCUAUUGCUGCRGUGUGUGUUGUGCUGGAAAAUAAAGGAUUCUUCAAGAGGAUAGAAACUAGAAACAGACCACUAUAAYAGUUAACCACUGUAACUAUACCUUUAAUGAAAACAACUUUGAGAAACUUGAGGGAAGGCUGACGAUCUGGGAAAGCUGAAUAAGCUAACUGGGGACGGGGCAUUAUACGGAUCUUACUGCUCCAGAUGGCAGACACAGUAUGGAGCCUUGCCAGGUAAGAUUUUAAAAUGUGUUGCUAAACACAACUGGCAAGGAUAGAGAACUAAGACUCGAUCCAGGGCUGUAACAACAGGGAAUACAUAUCAAUUCGGUUUGGACAAUCCUGCUGAUAUCAAGUAAAUACUGAAGUUUUGCACUUUGUCAGUAAGCCGACACACACACACUGGAACCAAACCACAAGCUAGACAGGCUAAAACCAAGCUCCAUCCACAAAACCUCACAGAUUUUCCAACAUUGCACUGGUUAUAUUUUGUUCAUGGGAAUACGUUUGAAAAGACAGCAUGGCUACAAGACUGCAUGUACUUUAAUUGAUCACUAGAGAGUUGGAAGAGAUUGUCUUGUAAUUUCUAACCAAUCUGUAAAGUCAGGGCAGCUUUUCUAUAACCAGCAGUUACAUUUCCACAUUAAGUUACCCACAUGUACCGGAGUGAAAAUGUAUCAUUCAUUUGCAACAGACUUUUGUAUAGCAUCUGAGAAAGGUCAGGAGUGUUCUUUGCUUGAGAAGUAUUACGAUGUACCCAUUCCMUUGAGAGUUGGAUAUUCAACACAGUAGCACUGGUUUCUGUCAAAUCAAUUACUGCCCAAUCUCAGCUUCUUGUGGUCCACUAAAAUAUAUUAACUCAAAUGUUACAUAUUAYAUGAUCUCUUAACCUCAGAAUUCAGCUAAAGAAUUGUAAAUGUAACCACUAACUGACUUUUAGGCAAAUGGCCUUUUGSAUAUUUACAAAUAAAAACUAUCUUUCAUAUUCAGUUAAAGUAAGUAUGUAAAAAUAUUUCACAUAUAAUAACCACUACUUCUGAGCUUAGUAUCUCUGCCCAAGAGAUCAUUGGUUUUAAGUAUCUAUUGCACUGUCUCUUGCUGGUAAAGUAUAUUUGAUUCGAUCAAAACAAAAGAACUGCUUAACUCAAAUUGAGCAGAAGUAGUUACAGGAUGAUGCAUCUCAAAGUAAGUGUUUGCACAGUGUAAAUAUAUAAAUAUGCUUUUYAUGAAUAAAUAUUUAAGAAAACUGAACUACAAAGAUGACUUUUAUAUGAACCCCCAAGUGGCUUCAGAUGUGAAUAACUCCUAUUUUGUAUUGCAUUUUCUGUCUCUAUAUAAUGUAUUUGGGUGCUAAAUUCAUAUAAUAAAGCUUGCUUUU